CGAUAGAGGUAAUCGCUGCAAAGUGGAUGGUUUCUGUAGCCGCGCUGGUGAGAGAUGCGCUAAAGCGAUUCGUACAUCAUGGAAAGUGAAAAACUGUUGAUGGCCGCUGGCGUAACAGCGGCCGUUGUGGUCGGUGCAUUUGUUUUCUGGGGUCCCUCGGGUUCGUCCAGGCUGCGACAACGGCGCGGCCAAAUUGCGGGGUUGCAUAAUUUCGGUAAAACGUGCUUUCUCAACACACUACUGCAGGCGUUGGCCGCCUGCCCCCAGUUUAUUGCGUGGCUGCAGCUACACAAUGUGAAGGACAAGAAAAGUCUCGUAUCGUCGUUGCAGAGCGUGCUGGAGGUGGUGAACGGAACGCACCCCACUUUGCGCGGCGAUCCGUACGCUCCCGGUGCCGUAAUACGGGCGCUCAACUCCCUCGGGUGGGUCAUUUUCCCGGAGGAACACGAUGCCCACGAGCUGCUGCUGGUGAUGCUGACCUCGCUCGAGGAGGAGGUGUCGAAACCGCGCAAGAUUGGGUGCCUGUCCGAUGCGCUCGGCGUCCCGUCCGAUGGACCUACGAUCCCGGCGCGCCCAUCCAGCGCCAUGCUGUCCGAUUUCUGCAACACGGAGUACGACGAAUCCACCAGUCUGACGCGCUACACCCGCUCGGAGGCACACACGCCCGACUCACCACACUCGGUGUGCACCGAGCACGAGGAAGCACCGGACACCUCGCUGGCGUUGGACGGUUCGUACGGUUCGCCGAACGCCAUUAUGGCGGCUUUCGGGAGCUCACCGCGUUAUGGUCAGCCGACGCACUCCGAGACCACGGCAGAGACGCACCACGAGCCAAACCGAUUCGUCAGCAAACGUCACUCCACCUCGUACCGGUCGCUGGAUCGCUUGAAUCGUGGCCCGGGUCGCGUGUCGGUGUGGGGCGACCGUCAGCAGAAUCAUAUUCCGCACCCGUUUCGCGGCGGGCUCGGCAGCCAGCUGUGUUGCGCCGCGUGUGGAUACAAGUCGACCGUGCGGUACGACAAGUUUGACAGCAUUACGCUGCCACUGCCGGAAACAGUCACGCCCGGUCUCGGCCUUGGCAAUCUGCUGUCCGAUUUUAUCCAGCCGGAAACACUGGACGCCGUGCAGUGUGAGUCGUGCGGGGACAGCGCGCCCCACACGAAGGCGCUUACCUUCAGCAAGCUACCGGCCUGUCUGUGUGUUCACAUUGCACGCACCACGUGGCACGCGAGCGGUCGGGCCCAAAAGCGGCUGGACAGUGUGCACUUCCCGGAAACGCUCUCGAUGGCGCCGUACAGCUUCGUGCAGCCGGGCCUGAACAGUAACAUCAGCACUCCGUGGGGCAGCACCACCUCGCUUUAUACGGCCGGGCUGCUCGGCAUGACCGCCGCCACCACGCAAGACGUGGGCUGUGGCAGCUUGCCGGCAGAUGGUUACCUGGCGGACGGCAGCAUAUCGGGCCCGGGAACGAGCUUCGGUUCGUACACAUUCGGUGCGAUGUUCCCCCGUAACUUGUACCGGCUGUUGGCCGUGAUUGUGCACUCGGGCGAGGCAAACGCAGGCCAUUUUGUCACCUACAGGCGAGGAGCGCUGCGAAAUUCCUACAAGUGGUACUACACGUCCGACACCGUGGUGCGGGAAGUUUCGAUCGAAGAGGUCCUCAACAGCUCUGCCUACAUGCUCUUCUAUGAUCGUGGGUCCACCACGAACCGUUUCCCGCAGUAAACCGAGAACGAGCCGUUAUUCUGAAACGUUACUACGUCAACACACAAAAUCAAAGAAAGCAGGAACCUAAUCGGAAGUAUAGCUAAUGUGGUUGUUGUGCACAUGGUUGAACUUCGUGCAUUUUUUUUCUCUACGGUCACGUAAAGUACGACUGUGCCUGUGUGCAAUACGAUGUAUUCCGUGCUAUAGGCUACGGAUAGGAGUCAUUACCUAGAUGCAUAUUAAAAAAGAGGCAAAUAUUUUAGAGAUACUCGAAGAAGCUGUUACUAUCGCCCGCCCUGUUCCUUCGAUAGGUGAAAUGUGUGUGUACCUACCAGACACGGUUGUUAAUCAGAAGGUCAGAAGAUUUCGUGCUGUGCGUCUUUGUUUGUGGCGUUGUAAAAGGGGCGGGCAGAAUGGUCAGUAAGUAAGUCAGUCAGAAUGGUAAAGAGAAGUGCACAGUUGAUUUCAGGCGAGUUGAAAACGUUACACUGCGCAACGCAACAGCGGUGGGAUACUAUGUUAGGGGAGAGAGAGGAGUAGUACAGGCACAUCCCAUUCGGGGCGCGAUGGCAUUUCAAAGCACCUCUUGUACUUUCUCCGGUAUUAAAUGGUUGAAGACUUUAUGCUCUAAAUCGAUACUCUACGUAGACAUAAAUACAUUCCUUAACCAGCAAGCAUUCGAAAACGUUCAUUUCGCAGUGCCGCGAUAUAUGCCGCGGAUCGGUAGAAGCUCAAACCGCUUCGACUCCCAUUCGAAUCGCAAGUUGGUAAGUUGUUGAGUUGAUUGCGUGAGGCACCAAACAAAUGUGGAAGCCGGACGAUUUCCUCUGGCCAAACGGAUUAUUUAAAAUAACAACAGCAAGGGUCAAACAUCACCCGCCUGUUACGAAUGUAAGGACGCAGCUUAAACCAUCGUUUCCUUUGAAAGGGAUUGCGCCUAUCGCAAUUACAUUCAAGUUCAAGAUGUCAAGUCAGUUCAAGUCCAUGUGAGGAUGUCAAAAUGGAACAGCGAAGCUCCGAAAGCCAUUACAAACUUUGGUCCACAAUCAGGCGGAACGCCACUACGUCGCCUCGCAUUCUCGAGCGAGCAGCCGAAAAUAUCGUCCGAGAAGCUAUCAAAUAACUUAAAAUAAACCAAACACACACACACAGAGGAAAAGCGUAACUCCAGUCACAUUAAAGUCU